UAAACAAUAUUUAUUCAUGUUAAACCUAAAACAGGUUUCCAUACGCUACGCUACGAGUAAUACUUCGUUACUUUGCUCUUAAAGUUCAUAAUCGCUACAUCUGCAUGUGCAGAGUAAAAACUCCUUAGGCACUUAGUCAUACAAAUUGUCAUUAAAAUGCAAUAUUGAACAGGGAUAUAAAUAGGUCAUAAUUGCAUUAACAGUUAUGUUAGUAAUUGGGCAAGUCACAAGCUCUUUCCGUAGUUAAUUAAGACAGUCGGUCAUAGAGGCUCUACAGCGCUACACGUUCGUCAAACAUUUUUUUUUAAACUCGUCCAAAGUGCAUCUUUUUUUUUAUUUGUAGGAAGUGGUUUAUCCGUCUAUGUGUAGUUUGAAUUUGAAUAAGGAAUCAGUGAAUAUAAUGCCAUUUGUUUGAUAUAGUUUCGCAAGAAAAUAUUGUGAAACAAUCCGAUUUCUUUGGUUUUGUUACCGUGCCAAUGACGUAAUUUCAAAAUGAAGGAUAUAGAUCUGAAGUUGCCCACGCGCAAUGUGCUAACCGGCGCUGUAGUGAACUGGGAGGACGACGAGAUGGGUUUUGGUGAUAGUCCAAGUAACCUGACCUUGGCGUGGAAAGAUCUUUCGGUUUAUAGGAAGAAGAAGACACAGACCAGUAUAUGGAGAUCACCGGUUUAUGAGGAGAUCAGAGUUUUACAUGGAGUCAAUGGAAUCGUGUCUUCAGGGAACUUGGUUGCCUUAAUGGGUUCUAGUGGUGCUGGUAAAACGACAUUGUUAGCAGCCAUAAGCAGAAGAGACAAGAGCGCUAUGACCGGCUACCUAAUGCUAAACGGCAGAUUGGCUGGAGCCGACCUGAUAUCCAGGAUCUCUGGCUUUGUACCACAGGAGGACUUGGCUAUCGAAGACCUGACUGUAGAUGAACAUAUGACAUUUAUGGCUCGUAUGAUGAUGGACAAGAGGUCAACCAAGAUAGUUCGAGCGAGGCGCGUGCAGCAACUGCUCAGCGAGCUUGGAGUGAACAAUUGCACCAAAACUAAGCUGAAGGCUCUGUCAGGAGGAGAGAGGAAGAGAGUGUCUUUGGCUGUUCAGCUUCUAAAUGACCCUCCAAUCCUCUUCUGCGAUGAACCAACAACAGGGUUAGAUAGUUGGGGAGCCGCUGCCGUAGUCUCUCGCCUUAGGAAGCUGGCCAUUGGAGGCAAACUGGUCGUAUGUUCCGUGCACCAGCCAGCUUCUGGAGUAUUCGAACUGUUCCACCAAGUCGUACUCUUGGCUAAUGGAAGAAUAGCUUUCCACGGCACCAUUGAACAAGCUGAUCAGUUCUUCGCAUCGCUAAACUUCAAAUGCCCUCUCGGUUUCAACGCAGCAGAGUACUACAUUUCUCUGCUGGGCAUUCAAGCAGACAAGGAGAUGGAGAGCCGGGAUAGAAUCCGACGCAUCUGUGAUGAAUACUCCAGAUCUGAUAUAGCUGCUGAGAUCGAUAACAAAGUCGGACACGUUAAAGAUGAAACUGAAUACUUUAAUGGCGAAACUGAUGAGAAGGACCAAUAUUAUGAGCGAUAUGUAACUCUAGUCAAAGUGAAUUACUUCGUACAAUUCUACUGGUUGAUGUGGAGGAACAUACAGGCGUUAAAGCGUAACUACACUAUUUGGAUAGCUGAGUUCUUGUUGCUUAUGUUCGUAGGUCUGAUAAUAUCAGUUCCCUACAAUGGCCACUUCGAUGAGUUGGACCAGCGUGACAUACAGAACGUGGAAGGUCUCCUCUACCUGACAAUCACAGAAACAAUAUUCCUCUUCAUAUACGCCGUGUUCAUUACAUUCCCGAGCGAGGUUCCUAUACUGUUGAGAGAGACAGCUAGUGGAUUGUAUGCACCGUUACCUUAUUAUUUAUCGAAGAUGAUAUUCUGGAUACCGCGGGCAGUAAUAGAACCGACUUUAUUCACGACGCUAAUAUUCUUGGUUGCUGGACUUCAUGGUGGGUUCAUGGGAUGGCUCGGUUUCAACUUCGUCUGUAUCCUGUGUGCCAACUACGCGAACGCUUAUGGCUCAUUCCUAUCGGCGACGUUCAACUCUAUGGAAACUGCUGCAUUGGUAUCUGUACCUUUCGACCUGAUUGGCACAAUGUUUUCUGGUCUAUACUUAAACUUAGCUAGCGUCACACCUUAUUUGUCAUGGCUUAGAUUCGUAUCAGGGUUCUACUAUGGCGUUGAAAGCAUUUCGAUCCUCCAAUGGGAUUCUAUCGAGACCAUUGAGUGUGUAAAAAUAGAUGGUAUGCCUUGUAUAAAGACAGGACCAGAGGUUUUGAGAAGGUUCGGUUUUGCUGAGGAACAUUUUUGGCGUAACUGUAUCUGUUUGUUCAGUAUGUACUGCAUAGCUCAUUUCAUUGCCUUCCUUAUGGUCAUGAAGAGGAGUAGAGGCACUCCUGUUUAUUAGAAAAUAGUUAAAUUGUACAUAGCUUUUAACUUUAGCAUCACUUCGGGCUGCUUCGAUUUAAACCCGUGCCAUAAAGGUAAACAGGGUCUAGGUCAGUUAAGUUUCAGUUAUAAUUUACUCAUUUAUAAGUGUUUUCUAAGCCCUAUUGAUAAACUCAAUGUCUUGAUUGGCAGUAAUUUGAUAGAUCUGAUGAAUUGGCUCAAUAAAUGUUAUGAAGUUUUUAAAAUUG